CGGGUGCUUCAGACGAUAGUUCGUGGAAAAUACACAAGGAAGAGAAAGCAGCGGGAAGUAGAAGUAAACAGUAAACAGAGGAAGUGUUUUCCUCCUGCUCGCUCAACGCAGUUUUUUGUCAAGUCGUACUUUGUCCGUCGAGCUGUAACAAUAAAAUGGAGAUGAUUUAGGGGACAUUCAGUCAUGGCUGACAAUCCAGCAGCAGAAAUCCAGCUACUUAAAAGCCAGAAGGUUAAGCUAAUAGAUAUUCUAAGUGGGGAUGCAGACUUUGUCCUGCAGCAUGCAGACUCCCGUUGUCUGCUGUCUCCUACCGGCUACCAGCAGGUGAAAGCCUGCCGUGUUCCUUGUGAGAAGGUGACAGAGCUGCUGGAUCAUAUUAUCCUAAGAGGACCUGAAGCUGUACGGGGUCUGCUGAAACUACUGAAUGAGCCGGCACUACAGGAAACCUUUCCAAUGCUAAGCUUUACUAAAGAUCUGCAUGUCGACACGCUGUCUUCUGGAAUUCAAGAAACAUCAAGAAAAAGAAAACCAGCUCCUGAUUUAGAAGACUCUGUUCCAUCCAAACAGAUCAGCAACAACGGCUCCAGCUUAGUAAAGGAGAAGCAGCUGCUGAUCGUGGCACGCGCAAUUGGCAAAUCUUGGAGGGAGAUUGGCAGAUUGGCGCUGGACAUCCCCUGUGUGAAGCUGGAACAGAUAGAAGAGGACCACUCGCUGCAUGUAGAGAGAGUGAUCGCCAUGCUGCGUCACUGGAGAAACAGUCAAAGGAACAAAGCCACAGCUUCUCACCUGCACUCUCUGCUCAGUCAGGAAGACGUUGGUCUGCCCCCUGAGAACAUUGACUUCCUUUUGGAGAAUGACUGAGGCCCUCACUUUGUUUUAGGAAAAAGGUUUUAUUUCUCUGAAAUGUGUGUUUCUUUUAUAGUUGUUUCUUUUAUAUCAGGGGAAAACUGUUGGAAGACUUUCUCACAGUAACCCUUUAGCAAGAGGCCUCUUGCUCAUGGACAAUUACAAUACUUAUCGUAAAACUGCUUAUCAAUGAUUAUGCAACUUUUAUUAUGAAAAACAAAAAAAUGAUUUUAUUUUGUAAAAAAAAAAAAAAAAAAAAGUGUUUCUAUAGAUUGUGUCUGAAGCACAAUCAAAAGAAACUAGGUCGUGGGAUUUGGAGGAUAAAUCUUUCUUAAAAUGUGUGUAUGUACUGUAGAGUACAUACACUCAACAUUGUAGAAAUGUUCACCUUGUGGCAUAUUAAGAUAUAUUUUUUUAAUGGCAAGUUUUCUUUAUCUGAAGGUCAAAUGGUUGAAAGUGUUGUUUUAUAUGCUGUAGCCUACAGAUUGUGAAACACCUAGAGGCAAAUUAACAAUUUGUUAAAUGUAAUAAAAUGACUUAGCAACAGUUCUAAUAAUACAAUAACAUGUUCCCCAUUGAUCAUCUUUUUGGGAUGACAUCAACUAGACCAGUAUGAUGUGCUGUAAGUCAUGAGUUGUCUCCUGACUUCUAUACACUGAAUAAAUUCUGCACACCAUCAGCUUUCUCUAGUUAUCUUCCCUAAAGUAUGCCAACCAUUACAAGUUAAUCAAU